AUGAGUUCGAAAGUUGUGCCGGUGGAUUAUAUCACACCCAAGUUUCCAUCGCUAGGUACGGACUAUCUAUACUAUACUAAGGACAUCUGGUGGUUCACGGUCAUUUGGACGAUCAUCUUCUUUCUUAUAUUCUUCGGUGGCUCAUCCCUAUGGGCUGCUUUCAAUCAUAGAAAACAUAUAAUCUCUAUAUGGAUACCUGUUGUUUACUUGGUCAUAGGGGUCAUCGAGGGCUUCGUCACGGGAACGGUGACGGGAGUUAUUAUUGGCGAAAUCUACAAAGCAGGUGAGUUCGCAAUGACGACUUGGAUACCGUUCGCAUGGGGAUUCUUGCCCAUAUGUUACCAUAUCAUCACCUCAUAUUCGCUCACAUCGGUUGUUUUGUGA